AUGAGAAAUUAAAUUUUGGGCUAGUUCUACCAGACAGUCUUUCGGUAGAGCUCGAGGGUAAAGCAUGCCCAGUCUAAAAAUGUUGGGUCUGAGAUCAUUCGUCUUGUUGGUGGCCCUUCUGCCCGGUUUCUUGGAAGGAGCCCGUAUCCUGGCUUUGUUACCCAUACCCAGCCAUUCGCAUUACUAUCACGCUCUUCCCUAUCUAAAAAGCUUGGCCUCUUUGGGCCAUGAAAUUACCUCUGUAAGUCCGUUUCUACCAAAGGAAUCUGUGAAUAAUAUUCACAACAUUUAUGUUCCGGAAUUGUUUGACAAUAUUGAAGAACUUAUACAAUCUUUAAGCACGGGUAAAGGAACUUGGAAAGACAAUGAAUACAUCUACGACUACAACCUUGAUCUUGUAAAAAAAGUGCUGAACAAUGACGGAGUGCGGCGAGAGAUUCUGAAGCCAGGAAAAGCUCAGUUCGACCUGAUAGUUUCUGAUCUUUGGCGAUUCGAUGCUCUCUAUUGCUUGGCGGCAUAUUUUGAUGCCCCCAUAAUUGGAAUCGCUUCCUAUGGCACCGACUGGAAGAUUGACGAAUUAGUGGGUAAUGUAUCACCGAUCUCGUACCUGCAGUCUCCGUCCGCUUAUUGGCACGAUCUUCAGACCUAUGGCGGUCGUUUGGCACACUUUGUGGAUCGCUCUAUUUCUUGGAUUCAAUGGAGGUGGUGUUAUGAGGAGAAGCAUCAGGCCCUGUACAGAAAGUAUUUCCCGAAAAUUGCUGACGAGCGACCAUUGUCGGAGAUUACCAAAAAUUUCGCCUUGAUUUUGGUUAAUCAGCACUUUACAUUGGCUCCACCCCGGCCUUAUGCUCCGAAUGUUAUCGAGGUGGGAGGUAUGCAUAUUAAUCAGGAACCGAAAACUUUACCCAAGGACAUAGAGGACUUCAUCCAAGGGGCUGGCGAAGAUGGAGUAAUAUACUUUUCCCUCGGCAGCAAUGUUAGGACCAAAAAUCUCGCAGAGGAUCGCAAGAAAAUAUUGAUCGAAACAUUUGCCAGCCUGCCACAGCGUAUCCUGUGGAAAUUCGAAGAUGAGGAUGUGCCAGAGAAACCAUCGAAUGUUUUAAUUAGCAAAUGGUUUCCGCAGCAGGAUGUUCUGGCACAUCCAAAAGUUAAGCUAUUUAUAACCCACGGAGGAUUGCAGAGCACCGUGGAAUGUAUUCACCAUGGAAAACCAAUGCUGGGACUGCCAUUUUUCUAUGAUCAGUUUAGGAACAUGGAACAUAUCAAACUACAGGGUCAAGGCUUGGUUCUGAACUACAAGGAUAUGACAAGCGACGAGUUCAAGGACACAAUUGUCCGAUUACUGACAGAAAAGAGUUUCGAUGCUACGGCAAGAGCAACUGCUGCUCGAUAUCGCGACCAACCCAUGAGUCCUUUGGAAACAGCAGUCUGGUGGACUCAAUACGUCCUUCGUCAUAAGGGUGCGAAAUACAUGCGGGUGGCGGGCAGAGAAUUGGACUUCUUCACUUAUCACAGCCUGGAUGUCUUGGGCACUUUUCUGCUAGGCCUUUUGGUUGUCUUUUCCAUAGUCUUCUUUUGCUUGAUUAAGUUCUUAAACAUUGUUCUGCGAGGUAUAAAGAAUAAGAAAGUACAAAAGCAGAAAGCUAAUUAAGUUGUUUGGAGCUACCCCUCUAUAAGUUAUAAUUAUGAGUAUAUCAUUACACAAGGAGGUGUAUAUUGAAUAUGAGAUAUGCUGUAAUAUAUAAGAUUUAAAGA